AUGCGGCAAAGGGAGAAGGAUGAUGAAAAGAAAGGAACCGAAAACACAAACAAUGAUUUCAACACUAUCAUGGCAGAACUCAAGGCGCAGCGGGAGGAGUUUAAAACACUCUUAAAAUCUCAGAGUGCUACGCUCAAAGCGCAUAUUAAUGAGGUGCAUACCUCACUUGAAAAACUUUUGGACAGUAAAGUGAAACGCCUUGAGCAACUGAUCGCGGAAAACCACGAUGAGAUGAAAGCUGAGAUGGAUACCAAAAUAAGCCUACUGCAGCAAAACCUUGACCUUGAUAUUGGCCAUGUCACGGCCAAACUGGAAGAAGCAAAAUGCCAUGUUAACAAGUUUCAAUCAGAUGUAUCUAUCAUAAUUCUGGGCCUCGCCUUUACCGAGGGGGAAAUCCCUUGGGAGAGAGCAAAUGCUUUAUUAUUCGAGGGGCUAAAAUGUGACCCGGUGCCUGAAAUAGUCAUCGCGGAGCGAACGACACCGCGAGGACAGGGGCCUGGGGUGAUCAAGGUGGAGUUCCGAACCGUGCAGGACAAAGUAGCGGUGCUGCAUUGUAAGAAGAAUUUGAGGGACAACGAACUGUUUAGCCGAGUUUUCAUUCACGCUACUAAGUCACACACAGAGAGGCUGAUCAACUUAAACUUCAGGACCCUUCUCAGUGAACUCCCGUGUGGAAAGGAUUAUUUCCUGACCGGGAACGGGACUGGUGAAACGUGA